AUGCUGACAGGAAAGACGCCCGCAGACGCCCAGUCAGGCCACCCAGGCCACCUCACCCCCGACCAACAAGCCACCCUCACCUCCUUCCGCACCCUCCUCGCAAACACCACCCCGCCCCUCAUCCCCGCCUCCCCUGCCCGCGAAGAACACACCGCCAAGCUCGGGUAUGAUCGGUACAGCGAUGCGGCGCUGUUGAGGUUUCUGAGGGCGAGAAAGUUUGAUCAGGAGAGGGCGAAGGAGAUGUGGGCUGCGAAUGAGGUGUGGAGGGCGAGUUUUGGGGCGGAUGAGCUUGCUGCCGACGGCUUCCCCUACCCCGAAGCCUCCCAAGUAAUCAAAUACUACCCCCAAUUCUACCACAAAACCGACCUCCGCGGCCGUCCCCUCUACAUCGAGCAACUCGGCAAACUCGACAUUCCUAAAUUGUACGCCAUCACGACGCAGGAGCGGCAGUUGAAGCGGCUGGUGGCAGAGUAUGAAAAGUCGUUUAGGGAGAGGUGGCCGGCGUGUACCGAGGCGCAGAGGAGGGGGGGUAAGCUUGCGGAGGGGGAGGUGGUGGAGACGAGUUGUACGAUUUUGGAUUUGUAUAAUGCGGGGAUUUCGAGUUUCUACAGGGUGAAGGACUAUGUCAUGGCUGCCAGCGCCAUCGGUCAGAACAACUGUAAGCCCCUUGCCAUAUCCCAUUCGCAGCCCGAAACAAUGGGCCACAUGUUCAUCAUCAACGCCCCCUACCUCUUCUCCACCAUCUGGUCCCUCAUCAAGCCCUGGCUCGACGAAGCCACCGUGCGCAAGAUCCACAUCCUCGGGAGAAACUACAAGAGCGAGCUCCUCGAGUAUAUCCCGAAGGAGCAUUUGCCGGUGGCCCUUGGGGGGAGCUGUGUGUGCGGGGGAGAGGGGGGGUGUGAGAUGGGGGAUGCGGGGCCCUGGAAUGUGAAGGCUGCUUAA